UCCUCCAUUUAGCCCUUGAAAUGCUCCGAAAAAACACAGUUUUUCCGCCCUUUCACUCUGGAUUAGGUGCCAGUGACUGGUGAGAGACUGCAGUUUUCUUCGGCGGUGGGCGUAGCAGUGACACCUGCAGCGGCGUCUCUUUUAUCUGCUCCGCAAGGGCGCGCGCUCGUAGACUCUCUCCACAUGCCCCGCUUUAUCUAGCUCUCAACUCUCAUAGCCAUAGCAGGCCAGCCUCCCGACUCCUCUCCCUCCCAUUCUUCUUCCAUCCUUUCCCUGCUGCUCCUCUGCUCUCCUCUUCUGAGCUGCUUCCUCCCAUCGCCGUGUGACGGUGUGAGGCAUGCUGCGUUGGAGGCGGCGGUGGAAGUAGCUUCUUGGUUCGGGGGAUUAGGGGUACAACGGCGGCGGCGGAGGUUGGUAUAUAGGGUGGCGUCGUCUUCUCAGGGGCUACUCGGAGGAUGCGUUUCGCGUUCCUUUGUUUGUGCUCGGAGUUUCUUUAGAUGUCCGGCUCAUGAUUCCCUUCCAUAUUUGCUCCCGCCAUACCAUCCGCGCCUGCUUGGCCGCGCUCCUGCUAUUUUAAUGCAUGCCUUCUCCUAGUCUCGCCUCAUAAAAAAAUUAAUCCUUGGGAUCUGAGGGGAUCAGCGGGGGUUGGUAGGAUCGCGGGCAGAGAUUUAGCCAGGAGAGGAGAAAAAAACUAGUUUUUUCCCUGUUAGUUCGAGAGCGCCGUUGAUGAGCUUCGGUGGCAUGUUCGAUGGCGCCGGCUCCGGCAUCUUCUCCUACGAGGCCGGCGGCGGCGCGGGUAUGCACAACCCCGGCCGCCUCAUCCCCACGCCGCCCAUCCCGAAACCCGCCGGCUUCGCCGCCCCCGGCCUGUCGCUGGGUCUGCAGACGAACAUGGACGGGGGGCAGCUGGGUGACAUGAGCCGUCUUGGCCUGAUGGGAAGCGGAGGAAGCGGGAGCGGCGGCGACGGAGACUCGCUGGGCCGCGGCCGGGAGGACGAGAACGACAGCCGGUCUGGCAGCGACAACAUGGACGGCGCCUCCGGCGACGAGCUCGAUCCGGACAACAGCAACCCGCGCAAGAAGAAGAAGCGCUACCACCGCCACACGCCGCAGCAAAUCCAAGAACUUGAAGCUGUGUUCAAGGAGUGCCCCCACCCGGACGAGAAGCAAAGGAUGGAGCUCAGCAAGCGGCUCAACCUGGAGAGCCGCCAGGUCAAAUUCUGGUUCCAGAACCGCCGCACCCAGAUGAAGACGCAGAUCGAGCGGUACGAGAACGCGCUGCUGCGGCAGGAGAACGACAAGCUGCGCGCGGAGAACAUGACGAUACGGGAGGCGAUGCGCAGCCCCAUCUGCUCCAACUGCGGCGGCGCGGCCAUGCUUGGGGAGGUGUCCCUUGAGGAACAGCACCUGCGCAUCGAGAACGCGCGCCUAAAGGACGAGUUCGACCGCGUCUGCGCGCUCGCCGGCAAGUUCCUCGGCCGCCCCAUCUCCUCCGCGAGCCCGCCGUCCCUGCAGGGGUGCUCCGGCCUCGAGCUGGGCGUCGGCACCAAUGACUUCGGGCUCGGCUCCCUUGGCGCUUCGGUGCUGCAGCCCAUCCCCGACCUGAUGGGCGCUGGCCUGCACGGCUCCGUGGGUUCGGCGGCCAUGCGCCUGCCCGCGGGCAUCGGCAGCCUCGACGGCGCCAUGCACGGUGCGGCCGAGGGCGUCGACCGCACCGUGCUCCUCGAGCUCGGGCUCACCGCGAUGGAGGAGCUCGUGAAGGUGGCGCAGAUGGACGAGCCGCUCUGGCUCCCCCGUCCGGACGGCAGCGGCUUCGAGACGCUCAACUUCGACGAGUACCACCGCGCUUUCGCCAGGGUGUUCGGGCCGAGCCCCGCCGGCUACGUCUCCGAGGCCACCCGCGAGGUCGGCAUCGCAAUCACCAGCAGCGUCGACCUCGUCGACAGCCUCAUGGACGCGGCUCGGUGGUCGGAGAUGUUCCCGUGCAUCGUGGCGAGGGCGAGCACGACGGACAUCAUCUCGAGCGGCAUGGGCGGCACGCGCAGCGGAUCAAUCCAGCUGAUGCACGCGGAGCUGCAGGUGCUGUCGCCGCUGGUGCCAAUCCGGGAGGUGGUCUUCCUCCGGUUCUGCAAGCAGCACGCCGAGGGGCUGUGGGCCGUGGUCGACGUCUCCGUGGACUCCGUCCUCCGCCCCGACGGCCACCACCACCACCACCACGCGCAGAACGGCGGCUGCGGCGCGGCCGGCUACAUGGGCUGCCGCCUCCUCCCCACCGGAUGCAUCGUGCAGGACAUGAACAACGGCUACUCCAAGGUCACGUGGGUGAUUCACGCGGAGUACGACGAGACGGCGGUGCACCAGCUCUACCGCCCGCUGCUCCGCUCCGGCCAGGCCCUGGGCGCGCGCCGCUGGCUCGCCUCGCUCCAGCGCCAGUGCCAGUACAUCGCCAUCCUCUGCUCCAACUCCUUCCCCGCGCGCGACCACGCCGCGAUAACUCCGGUGGGGAGGAGGAGCAUGCUGAAGCUGGCGCAGCGGAUGACGGACAACUUCUGCGCGGGGGUGUGCGCGUCGGCGGCGCAGAAGUGGCGGCGCCUGGACGAGUGGCGCGGCGGCGAGGGUGGAGGAGGCCCGGGCUGCGGCGCCGCGGGGGAGGGGGAGGAGAAGGUGCGCAUGAUGGCGCGACAGAGCGUGGGCGCGCCCGGGGAGCCCCCCGGCGUGGUGCUGAGCGCCACCACGUCGGUGCGGCUGCCGGCCACGCCGCCGCAGCGCGUGUUCGACUACCUCCGCGACGAGCAGCGCCGCGGCGAGUGGGACAUCCUCGCCAACGGGGAGGCCAUGCAGGAGAUGGACCACAUCGCCAAGGGCCAGCACCACGGCAACGCUGUCUCCCUCCUCCGGCCAAAUGCAACAAGCGGCAACCAGAACAACAUGCUGAUCUUACAGGAGACCUGCACCGACUCAUCCGGCUCCCUCGUGGUGUACGCGCCGGUGGACGUGCAGUCCAUGCACGUCGUCAUGAACGGCGGCGACUCCGCGUACGUCUCCCUCCUCCCCUCCGGCUUCGCCAUCCUCCCGGACGGCCACGGCGCGCCGUCAAACCCCGCGCAGGGCUCAUCGCCGAAUGCUCCUUCCACCGGCGGCAACACCGGGUCCCUCGUGACGGUGGCGUUCCAGAUCCUUGUGAACAACCUGCCCACAGCGAAGCUCACUGUGGAGUCGGUCGACACCGUCAGCAACCUGCUCUCCUGCACCAUCCAGAAGAUCAAGUCGGCGCUCCAGGCCAGCACCAUCUCGCCCUAGUGGGCAUUUGACAUGGAUUCCGGCCACCGACCGGUCUCGCUAGCUAGGCCGGAGCCGGAUGCCAUGUCAAAUGCUUAACUUGAGGCCAUGGCAGAUUUUACAAGCUCGGGUUAGCUCAUCAUGCACUUCAGAAUGGUACAACAAGAAUGGCGGCCAUGCAAAGAAACUCUUGCAGGCGGUGUUCGAUUGAGAGGCCCUGCCAAAAAGAAGAGGAAAAAUAAAUUAUAUAGUGUGGAGUAUAUUUCAUAGAGCUAGCAAUGGGGUGAGGUAUACAGGGAUUAAGUCAAGAACGAACCGUGCGCUAGGCUUUGCUUGAGCAGACGUGUUUAACUGUGGCUUAAGCUUGAGGCCGAUGUGGUGGUUCGGGUAUUGACUUAAGUCUCUGGUAACGAAAUUAAAAACCCCUAUGGCUUCUCCUAAAUACACAUCUAGCACUUUGUUCUGUCCACUUUGUUAAGAGUUUUUUUUCUAUUUUUUUUUUCUUUCAUUCUCUUCGUCUAGUUCUGCAAUAUGGGAAAAUAUAGAGUGAAUGCUGAUCAGAGGUACCUAGAUGCAUGGUUGGUGUUUGUUUAGUUUGCAUAAUGUCUUUUCAACUAUAUGCAGAACGUUUAUUUGAUCUAGUUGAUAUAUAUCGGGGUGAUCUCCCACUGA